CGUGUCUGAAAUCUUGAGUAUUAAGUUAGACUGGGAUCUCCAAGAGGCCGAAUCGUUACCAAGGGAACACAAAUUGCCUACUAAUUUUUACAAUUUAAAGAAGAUGAUUUCUGUGCUAGGACUCUCAGUGGUAAAAAUUGAUGCAUGUCUGGCUGGUUGCAUGUUAUUCUGGAAAAAUGAUGACCAAUUAGAGACAUGCAAAUUUUACGUAAUACCACAAAAUUCACCUGAAAAACGAGGAUAACGGGAGAUAGGAAUUCAUCGAUGAUGCAGCCGGAGAGUUGCGGCGGCGGCAGAGGAACAACCAGGAGCGAGCUGAACCGAGCAGCAGGACUGACCCGGUUCCUCUCUGCUCCUGCCGCAUGGUUGGAAGCGCUCCUCGAUUCGGACACCGAGAACGACGUCGUUCUCGACCCCCCUGUGCUCCCAUCUUCUAACAGGCCACCGCCACACCCCCUCUCUCAACCCUUGCCUACUCCAUCAUCAUCAUCAUCAUCACCAGCUCAGCUUAAGCAGCCGCCUGUCUGCGGAAGUGGCUCCAGAUUCGCCGCCGAUCUGGGCGUGUUCUCCGGCAGCGUGGAGGCGGCUUCUGGAGCAAACAAUUUCAUUCGGCAGAACAGCUCUCCGCCGGAGUUUGUUUCUCAGAUGAGCUCAGAUGUGUACUUUCCUGCUUUUGGAAUUCCAUCAAAUUACGAGUAUGCUUCUUCUCCCAUUGAUGUGUCUCAGUCAGCUAAGCGGUCAAGAGAGGCCGAUUCACAGAGCCCAGUUUCCAAAUUAUCUUCUCCCUUGAAAGGAGAACAUAGUAGGCGUUUAUGCAGUGCUGGUGGGUCUUUGGAUGCGGAAAUGGAGAAAAUGAUGGACGAUUUAGUUCCAUGUAGGGUACGAGCAAAGCGUGGUUGUGCUACUCAUCCGCGAAGCAUAGCAGAGAGGGUAAGAAGAACACGAAUAAGUGACCGGAUAAGGAAGCUUCAGGAGCUUGUGCCUAAUAUGGAUAAGCAAACUAAUACAGCUGACAUGUUGGAAGAAGCGGUAGAAUAUGUCAAAUUUCUACAGACACAGAUUCAGGAACUGACUGAGCACCAGAGGAAAUGCACAUGCUCAAUGAAUGAGCAAUAGAGGAAGAUAUCGGCGCUGAUUUCCCCCAAGUAAAUAGGCAAUAAUUUGAAGUUUUGCAUCUCAGAUACAAUCGUCUGAGAUACACUAUUUUCUUUUCCAUGUCCAAACUAUUGUGCAUGGCUUUCAUGUUUACAACUAGAACAAAAGAUUUACUGUAGUGUUCAUGCUCAAUCAGCUCCAUCUAUCUCUUUUUAUGCUAAUUGAGAAUGUACAUGAGUGUAUUUCUACCUAUAAAAUGUUGUAUAAUGUAGAAGCCUUCAAUAAUAUUAUUUGCUCCCAAAAAUGGGCUUAAAAAUAUGGCAAUAUAUGUGGUACAAUUGCAUUUACGAUGUUUUCCGUAGAUUCGUGGCGAAUGAACUCUUUUAUGAGUA